AUGGGGAAGAAGCGCUUCGAGCGCGUCGCCAACAGCACGCGCCCGGCCGCCAAGUUGGGCGGGGGCGGCGGAUGGAACAUCGACGGCGCGCGCGGCAUCGUCGACGGGGACGCGGCGUCGCUGCCCGCGUACCCGACGCCUCUCUCGCGCCGCCGAGUCGCCGACAAGGGGCGCGUCGACCUCACCGUCGCCGCGUCAGACGCCCACGAGAGGACCCGCGCGGGCGACGAAGGGGAGACGAACGCGUCGUCGUCGGCGGCGGCGGCGGGGGCUUCCGCGUCGACGUCGCAUUCCGCGCCGAGGGUGUACAAGAAGGUGUUCAGCGGCGUGGGUUGGCGCGCGGCGGCGCCGGGGUUUGGAAACCCCGAGGACAAACGCGACGACGCCCCAAGGCGACCCAUCAUCCUCGUGGGGAACCUCCCCACCGACGUCCACCCCGGCGAGCUCGUCGACAUCAUCGAGGCGCACUGCGAAUCUUUAGACUACGACGGCGAGCUGACGCGGACGCAGAUGGCGGUGUUCGGACCCGCGCGCCCGAAGCUCAAGCGCGACCGCGGCAGGCUCCACCGAGGGUUCGCGCUGCUGACGUUCGACACCGUCGCCGCGGCGCUGAGCUGCGCGGCGCUGCUCGACGGCGCGGACCUCCGAACGCCGAGUAAAAAGACGGAGGGGGGACUUCGACCGAUGAAGUGCACGACGGAGGUUGGAGACGCCAUGGACGAUCGGUUCAUGGACGGGACCCAGGGGGAGGACGCUCCGCCGCCGCCGCCGCCGCCCGUCCCGGACGACCCGUCGGCGGCGCCGUUUUCGCUGUCGGAGCUGAGGCGAUUCCCGAUGCGCUCAAACUGUCUGAGCACGCACGCGACGCUAGCGGAUCUCGAUCCGGCGCUGCGGGAUCGACUGGCGAGGUACUUUCGUGACGCGUGCGAGGGCCUUCCCGAGUUUGCGUCGGUUUUCGCCAGGGCGGAGAGACUGGCGGGUAAGUACACGAGGGUCAAGGAGAUUGUCGAGAGCGUCGAGGCGUUCAAAGUCGUCGUGUCGUUUGUCGCGACGUGCGAGCGGACGGGGGCGCGAAGAGUGCGCAAAUUCUUCGACCUCGCCUGCGGACACGGCCUGGUGGGGAUCAUGCUGGCGUACGCCUACCCGGACAGGACGGUGAUGGCGUGCGACAGGAAACGGAGGGAGAGUUUCGAGGCUUUCGCAGAGGCGUUUGCGCACUACGCGAGCAGAGAGGAAAACUCUCCGGCUACUUUUCACGACGACGAGGUCGAGCCCGAGGUCGAGCCCGGCGCGGCUGGUUCUUCGCGGCGGUCGAGGCGUCUCCCCAACCUAACGUUCGUGGAGGGUGAGCUGGACGUGCUCGCCCCGAACGUCGAUUCGAACUCGCUGGUGCUGGCCCUGCACGGGUGCAACGAGGCCAACAAGGACAGCAUGCGCAUGGCGACGAGCGCGAGCGCUCUCUGGUGCGUGAUGCCCUGCUGCAUACGGGCCAACCUGUACCUUCCGAACUGCACCGUGAGCAAGAUGACGGACGAUCAGAGGUACGCGUUCAUGUGCGGGGUGAUGGCGUGCGAGUACGGCGCGCAGAUGGCGAGGUGCAUCGACCGGCGGAUCACGAACAGGGCCGUCGUGCUCUGCGGCGGGUGCGAGGAUGGGGACGAGGAAGAAGGGGACAAAGCUGAUGGGGACGGCGAAGGGGGCGGGAGCGUCGGGCCGUUCGGGACGUCGACGAAGCUGAGGUUUUACAGCGACCACAAGCAUCUGGUGACGCGCGCGAGGCGGCGCAAGGACGGGGAGAGCGCGGUGGCCUUCGUGUCGAACCCAUCUUCACGUUAG